CCCUCCCCCCUGCUUGCGUGCAGCUCCGCCCAUCGACGCAUUCGCUCCUCGACACGGUCCCUCGAGCGCACGCCUCACAUUGGAUGGCCACGUCUACGGAUUCGCCCGCUUGCGCAUAGCCGCACUAGCCUAGGAACCCGGCCCUACUGGCCUUGCCAUCUGAACUCUACCGAGAGAGCUGUAGUGUAACGUUCCAGCACAGUCGCCAAGAUGGACGGCAGGCCGCGCAACAACUACCCAAACGGGCUGGGAGACCCUCGAGGCCCUGGGAGAGGUCUUCCGCCUGGAGGCCCGAGGGGUCCGUCAUCCACUGCCAGCUCAGGCGCUGCGUCGUCUGGCAUGUCCCGCGCCGAGCGGUUCGACGAUGAGCGACGCCGAAUCACCGACAGCUGCUUCUCCAAGGUGGAUGACCAGGGACAGCUGCAGGAAUCAUACAUCACCCACAUUCGCGUCCAGGAAGACGCCACCUACCCUCAAUCGCCGCCUCCGCCCACCUCGUCGUCCUCGAACAAGAAGGGUCGCGUUAUCAUGAUCUCAGUCAGGAAUACGGGCAGAGUCAAGCUGCACAAGGCACGAGAGAACGCCAAUGGUACAUUCUCGAUUGGCAAGUCUUGGCCCAUGGAGGAUCUCUCGGCCGUCGAGAACUUCGUACACAUGGAGCCCAGGACCCAGGACGAGGAGCAGAAGAAGCAGUGGGCUGGGGACAAGGGCUUCUUGGUCACCAUCACGAAGCCGUACUACUGGGAGGCUGGAACGGCAAAAGAGAAGGAGUUCUUCAUCGGUAGUAUGGUGAAGAUCUACAACAAAUACACCAAAGGAGGCUUUCCCGUCCUGACUGGCUUCAGCGUGAACGAGUUGAACAGCCUGACAAACGGGAGGCCGCAGUUGGCGACAGCGGAAGGCAAGGCUGGCGCAAAGGCUGGGGGUCGUGAAGAAAUACAGGACCCGGCGAUACAGCGACAGGACCCGGCGGUACAGCGACAGGCACCCCCUCCUGAGCAACUGCAGUUCCCACCCAAAUCUCCAGGGCCACCACCGCGGAGACCAGGCGAGCUACCGUCCGGACCAUCUGAUGAAGGGAGAAGAGGGCCUACGCCGCAGAACUCGAACCCCAAUUUCAGAAGACCUCCUGGCGAGUUCGCCGGGCCGAGGAGACCCGGUCAGCAGGAUGAUCAAGUGCGAGGCGGCAGCAGACCCAAUACAGGAGACGACAAUCGCAGACCCUCACCGUUUAAUCCAAAUCAAAACACUCCUCCUGUGCCCUCAUUACGGCAGAAACCGUCUAUGGAACAGAGCAUUCGUUCACGGCCUAGUGGCGAGAGUAUAAGACCACACCCUCCUCCAGUCCGAGACCCUGUGCCACCAACACCGCCAAUGCCGUCGCAGAACCUGACACCCCAAUCCUCCAUAUCCGCAUUUGGCGGGCGGCCAGAAACACCACAAUCUAGCGGUGACUAUGUCAUGAAUCUGCCGCCAGCACUAAGCCCUGGGAGACGAGUACAGGCUGAGGAUGCUCGAUCCCAACGAUCACAGAGGUCUCUUGACGAGCAGUCGUUUGAGAGCGCGACACCGAAUAUGCCUCCACCUGAGCAGCGUAGACCGAACGGGUUCCCCUCACCUAGACAAGAUCCGUCCCCAAGAGGUCUCGGACCCGGCACUGCUCAGAGUAAUGCAAGUUCGAACAUCGGGCGCAGUGAAGAAGUGCGUCCAGAGGCACCUCCACAGCGCCGACGACCGUUCAUGGAAGCUCAACCAUCAUCGCUGUCGCAGCGCAGUGUGGCCAGCACUGACAACGAGGCAGCAGCAGCAGCAGCAGCAGCAGCAGGCACCGCAUUCCACACUCCGUCAGGGACACCGCCACCCUCUCUAGAAAUCCCACCACGAAGAAGACCACAAGAAAUACCCGAUAGGCUUAAGCCUGCCUCUCGAGAUGGACCAAGUGACCUACCACCGCCACAGCCCACACCACCUCCUACAUCGCCGCUUCCACCGCCUCCGCUUGCAGCUAUACCUGAGCCUCCAGUGCUCGUGCCCGAGCCAACACCCGUUGAGGAGCCCCCAGUCGAACAGCAACCACCUAGCGAGCCGGUUGCGGCUCAGCCUAUCGAAGCUACAGCCCCCGUUGAAGAGAAAGAGCCAUCAACUGCUGUUAGUCGAUUCCCAAUGCUCAAGAAGACUAUCCUACCUGCAGCUGGAACUGACGACACUGCGAACAAGUUCCGGAAGGCAGCGGCAGCAGCUGGUGCGUUCAAGCCUCGCGCUGGAGGCGCCGCGGCAAAGAUGUUCGCGAAGGAGACUAAGACAUCCGAUGAACCAGAUGGCAUCAGCGGAGUGUUCGUACCUAAGCGACCUGCGCCGGUGGAAGCACCGAAGGAAGAAGUGGUUGAGAAGAAGGUGGAAGAGCCUGGAUCAAGACCGACAUCAAGUCGCUUGUCACGGGAUUUGCCAAAGAUCACAACGGAAGCCGUGCCUGCUGUUACUGUUUCGGGCCCAUUGUCGCCUGUUCCGGCCAUUGUCGAACCACAACCGAAGCCUGCGGUGGAAAAGGCAGCUCGUGCGCCCACCCCAGAAAAGCUGGAAGCAAAGGCGCCUGAUGUCACAGCCGAUCCAGAGCCGCGCAAGAAGAAGAGACGCUCCAACCAGCAAGUCAUGAACAUCUCCAAGCUUGGCAUUGAUCCUUCUAUCAUGAACGAGCGAGGUCUGGGCUUCGAAAGCUUGCUUACAGAACUUGGGUGGGGCGGCAAUGCCAUUGCGCCAAAGCACAUUGAGAACCUUGAGAUCGACAUCAAGCGCGAAAUUGCGCGCGUUGAAGCGGGCAGUUGGCUUAACCACCUCGAACAAAAAGAUGACCGAGUUGAAGCCGUCGAACGCAUGCUGGACCGCGCUAUUGCAGAGUGUGAUGAGCUGGAAGGCCUGCUUACCCUGUACAACGUCGAAUUAAGUAGCUUGAAUGACGACAUUGCUUUCAUCGAAGCACAGAGCCAAGGUCUUCAAGUGCAGACAGCUAACCAGCGCCUGCUGCAACACGAACUAAAGCAGCUGGUCGAGACCAUUUCAAUCACUACUGAGCAACUGGAAGUUCUGCGGCGUGCCCCGAUCGGUAAGAUCAAUGGUUUGAUCGAGAUCGAAGAUGCUCUGGUGCUGCUCUAUAAGGCUCUUAUCACCAUCGAUCCUGCCUUUGUCGCGGGUAGCCGCGCCGGUCUCGGCAAGAUCACAAGCAGCUCAGGCUUCGGUAACAGUGAGCUUGCAACUAUGCAGGCCUUGCAAGAGAAACGUGACAGGUACCUGGGUGAGGGCGCUAUGUUCUUGGACCGAUUGAAGAAGCAUAUGGAGAUUACCUACGGCGCUGCUUUCUUGACAACCAAGGACGCUUUGAAGUCAAUCGACCAAGGUUCCAUGCCAUCUCUGAGGAAGAACAUUGAAGCGCACGACGCUGGCCGGAGCGAAUUAUGGAUGUUGAGUCCAGUCAUCCUCUUUGCCAAAGAGAUCGACCGAACGUCAUGGGAUACUCUGAUCCGCAUGUAUCAAAGCCAGGCAGCUCAGCUGUACCAGCAAGAAGUCCGCGACAAUAUCUUAGCCUGGAGACGAUUCGCCAGGAAGCCUGCAGGUGAUGAGCAAGAUCUGCUCUUUACCACUCAAGAGAAAGAGCCUGAGAGUAUGGCAGGAACUGCGCGUAAGCUUACUGUCAAGCGUUCUCAAACACUGGCUCGUGGCCUUCGAUCGGCAUCUGGCGACAAAGAGACCAAGGUUGCCAAAGCGCCACAAGACGGCAAGCUGCAUGCCUUCGACGUGUUCGGGCGAGUCUUGGAUGACAUCGGUCCUGUUCUGCUCACCGAGCAAAACUUUGUCACAGAAUUCUUCCACGCUACUUCCACAGACGCCAUAGACUUCCCAGACGCAGUAGGCGCUGCGCCGCCACAGUCUCGUCGUGGACCAAACCUGUGGAUCCGGAAGCAUUUCGAGGCAGACAGAUCGAUGGCCAAGCGUGUCGCCGAUGUCAUGGAGGACAUCUUCUCGUUCUGGCCUACCGAAAUUCAGAGCCUUGUUGACUGGGCUGUCACGUCAGAUCCUCUACAAGGAGUGGGUAUCUUGUCGGCCGUCGAUCGUAAAUUGCUCGACAUCGAAGACUCGAACCAGGACUUCCUUACACGUACACUGCAGAAGAUCCACGAACGGCUGAAGAGCCUAUUCAGCCGUUUUCUCGACGAGCAAAUUCGUGCAAUCGAGGACACCAAGGUCAAGAUCAAGAAGCGCAAGGGAGUUAUUGCCUUCAUGAAGACAUUCCCCCACUUCUCAAUCGCCAUCGAGAACAUGUUGCCAUCAUCAUCUGAUAGCGGCGACCAGCUCGAGAUCCGUCGCAUGGUUAACGAUGCCUACCAAAGGAUUAACAAGGCUAUGUUCGAAAGCUUGAAGGUCAUCGCCAAAGAAUCACCCACCGUCAUGGGCACACAGGGCCAGGGUGACCCAGAAGACAAAGAAGCCCUCAACUACCACAUCCUGCUUAUCGAGAACAUGAAUCACUACAUGGAAGAAGUCGAUGCUCGACCCGACACCGUACUUGACUACUGGAAAGGCAAAGCGCAGGAGGAGUACAACGAACACAUGGACCUCUACGUCGAUGCCGUCAUCCGCCGUCCGCUCGGCAAGCUACUGGAGUUUAUAGAAUCCACCGAGACCCUCCUCGCCGCCCGCGGUGGCUCACCCCAAUCCAUCGCCCAACGCUCAUCGCACUCACGCUCCGUGUUCAAGAAGCUCGUGCACUCGCACGACGCCAAAGAAGUCCGCAAGGGCAUUGAAGCGCUCAAGAAGCGCGUUGACAAGCAUUUUGGCGAUGCCGAUGACCCGAGUAUCAGCAGAGACCUCGUGUUCAAGGUGCUCAAGGAGUGCGAGAGGAAGUACAUUGGCGUUAGCGAGAGGGUGCAGAGGAUCAAUCAGGAUGUAUAUCAGGGUGAGGUGGAGGUUGAUUGGGGGACGAACGAGGUGCAGAGUGCAUUCAGGAGAUAGCUGAUAUGAAGAAGAAGGUGAAGGAUAGGUGCUGUGAACUGUGUAUAUUGGGCUGAUGGGUGUUGUAUAUGGUACACUUGCAUUGGAAGAGCAAGACUGGCUACGGCCAUUCCCUGCUUAUGGCGUCGACAAUGGGCGACGCUGCAUAUUGUGAUGAUUGAACCUACG